AUGUUCUCCUACUUCGCCCACCGUAAGAGUUGUGCACAGAAGCAACAGGAAAGGAAGUCGAAGCUGGAGUCUGUUCCCGCCGUUUACUCCGCCCCUGCGACAAAUGACGAUCGGAGGAUUCUCUCGCUAUCCCUUGCGGAGUUGGUCGAAGAAUGCAGCAUGAAUCGUACCUCGCCCAACGCCGUACUGCAAGCGUAUGGCAAACGAUGCUUGCAGGCCCAGGCUGCUACCAACUGUCUGUCCGACAUCAUGUUCGACGAGGCCGAACGAACCGUGACCUCGGGGAAACUCCUCUCAGGCGUUCCAGUGAGCCUGAAAGAUUGUGUCGACAUCGUGGGACACGACACCCUUCUCGGCUACUCUUGCAACGUCGCAAAGCCUAGGCAGUCUUCCGCGUCCAUCGUGCAUAUCUUGCAGGAUGCGGGCGCUUUGCUGUACGUGAAGACAUCUGCACCAACAGGCCUCCUUUCCUUCGAAACAGAGUCGGACGUCCUAGGCGUGACCACUAAUCCAUACAAUCCCAAGUUCUCACCCGGUGGCUCUACUGGAGGUGGUGGGGCAUUACUUGCGUAUCAGGGCAGCAUGAUAGAAGUGGGCACCGACCUUGCAGGCAGUGUGCGGUUUCCAGCUGCGAAUUGUGGGGUAUACUCGCUGAAAGGUUCCAUCGGACGGUUCCCGGCCUACGGAUGCACGCCUUGCCUUCCCGGCUUGCAGGGUGUAGUGACGGUUACUGCUCCAAUGGCACAGAACUUGGCCGAUCUAGAAGAAUUCUGGAAGCGUGUAAUGGAGAUGAAGCCGUGGGAUUACGAUUCAACUUGUCUCCCCAUGCCUUGGCGACCCGUCAACGCGCAGUUUUCGGAGGUCAAGCCUAGAUGGGGUGUCAUAUGGGAUGAUGGCAUAGUGACUCCGACACCUGCAUGCAGACGUGCUUUAGUGGACACAGUUGAUGCUUUGAGAAGACAAGGUUUUGACGUUGUGGAGUUCGAGUCUCCAGGCAUACCCGAGGGAACGAGGAUUGGUUUCGGUCUCAUUGCAUGCGGCGCCUCCCCAAUCUUCAACUCACUACGAACUUCGGAGACCCUCAAUUCCGCAUUACGCUCUUUCGGUAUACUCGUCAGCCUCCCUCGUUGGGUGAAAUGGCUGUACGCGCUCCUCCUUCGCCUAUUCUCGCGACCGCUGGGUAGGAACGACACUUGGGCAACUCUCGCUGAGAAUUGCUACAAACGCAGCCCAGUAGGCGAGCACGAGUUGUUGGUGCAGCUUGAAGAUUAUAAGAUGGCGUGGCACACAGCGUUGCAGAAGCAGGACGUGGACUUCGUCUUGACGGUCCCACACCCCUCGCCUCCUGUGCCCUUGGGCGGCACCGGGGUCGUCUCGCUCAUCGCUUCCAGCUACGCGUUCAUUUUCAGUCUCCUUGAUGCAGUCGCGGGCGUCGUCCCGGUCACAUUCGUGGACAAGUCACUCGACGCGUUGCCUGCAGAUUUCAGACGUAGUUCCGCGUACAUGAAUAUGAGCGACAUCGGACGGGCCGUCCAUUCCGUCUACGACGCCAGAGCAAUGCAUGGCCUGCCACUGGGUGUGCAGAUCGUCGGUCCUCGACUGCACGAGGAGAAGGUGCUCGCGGGCAUGAAGAUCAUCGACAAUGCUUUACGUGCGGCUGGACGGGGUUUCGUCCCUAAGCAGUUUUGA